AUGUGGUUAUGUCAAUUCAAUGACAUAUUAAUCAAAUAAUAUUGGUAACUGUUGGUUAUUCUAAAAACUGAAAUUUCUAGACUUCUGUUCAUUAUUUCAAAAAAAUAUAAAAUCGCAUUAUUUAUAAUUUUAAAAAUCAGAGCUCAAAAUGGUGGAUUAUAGUAAAUGGAAAAAUAUUGAGAUAUCAGAUGAUGAAGAUGAAACGCAUCCAAAUAUUGAUACACCUUCCUUAUUUCGAUGGAGACAUCAAGCAAGAAUUGAAAGAAUGGAAGAGAGGAAGAAAGAAUAUGAAAAUAUCGAGAAAAAGAAAAGUGAUCACAUAAAGAAGACUUCAGAAUUGAAAACUAAAUUAGCAGAAGCUGAAAAAACAAAUGCGAGUAAUUUAAAUGAUCUAAAAAAGGCUUUACAGGAUUUGGAAAUUGAAGGAGAUAAAAUAAAAAAAGAGGAAGAAGAAAUUAGGAAAAAAGACAAGUUGACACCAUGGAAUGUGGAUACAAUUAGUAAACCAGGUUUUGCAAAAACAGUUAUUAACAAGAAGCCUUCUCGUCCCAAAGAUGACAAUUUGACCGAAGAACAAAAAGAGGCUAGACUAAACAAAUUUAUAAAGGAAAAUGAAAAAGAUCUUAAACAUUUUGGAUUGUUACGGAAAUAUGAUGAUUCUAAAGCUUUUCUGAAGAGCCACAAUAAUUUGGUUUGUGAAGAUACUGCUAAUUAUUUGGUAGUUUGGUGUAUCAAUUUAGAAAUGGAAGAGAAACACGAUUUAAUGGCACAUGUGGCACAUCAGACAAUAUGCAUGCAGUAUAUACUUGAACUGGCUAAACAACUUGAUUAUGAUCCAAGAGCAUGUGUCGACGCCUUUUUCUCCAAGAUCCAAGUAGCCGAAGUAGAAUAUAAACAGUCAUUUGAAAAUGAAUUGGAACAGUUCAAAGAGAGAAUCAAAAAAAGGGCUGCUGAGAAGUUAGAGGAAGCCAUGAAGGAAGCUCUAGAAGAAGAAAAGAAAAGUAGAUUAGGUCCAGGUGGAUUAGAUCCAGUUGAAGUAUUUGAAAGUUUACCGGAUGAAUUAAAGAAAUGCUUCGAAUCACAAGAUAUAAAACUUCUACAAGAAACUAUUGCACAGAUGGACGAAGAACAAGCGAAGUACCAUAUGAAACGUUGUGUUGAUUCAGGUCUUUGGGUACCGGAAUCUCGCAAGAAAAAGGAAGAGAACGAAGAAGAAGAUUCUGCUGAAGCACCAGAACAAGAACAAUCCACAUCUUAAAGACUAAAUUGUACAUAAACCUUUAUGGCAAACUGAUUAAAUUGCAUCUUGAUCAUGAUUUUCAUUUGAUACUAACCUGACAGUAUAUACAUGUGCUCAUUUUAAUAUGAUCCAUAAUCAGUAUCUUAAAAAUCCGAAUGAAGAAAAAUUGAACGAUUUCUAAAUUUCUUUGAAGUAAUUAGAAAUAAAUUCAUAAGUUCAUAUCUUUGAUGUUUAUCGCAUAAUAAAAACCCAUUUCAUUCUAGUUAAUGUAACGGAGAACAAGAUACUUAUGAUAGAUCAGUUCAUCAAUUUUUUUUGCUUAAAUUAGUAUUUAAUUUUCAAUAAAGAAAUUAAAAACAA